GUCCUGACAAAGGACUUCCACCCAAUCUUAAACCAAAUUGAAUUCGCCGGUGGAUGGAGACGCAAAAAGAAAUGCUUUGGACCUUCCUGUGCCUCUGGGUUUGCCUGCUGUGUGAGCCCGGGCUGGCGGCAGCCAUUCCCGUUGCCACCGACUGGCCAGCCACAGAAGCAGAUGGCUUCACGGACGACUACCCUCUCUCCUGGUGGACCAGCAGUGACUAUUUUGAUCCCACCACGGCAAGCACCACGGAGGAGACCUUCACGAUUCAAAGCACAGUCUCAACAGCAGGAGCUUUAGGAACCUCUGAAGGAAAGCCAGGCACCGAGAGGGAGGAGAACACCCCAGAUCCUCUAGAAGGAGAAAUGCAGAAUUCUGUGUUGGCCUCCAAGGUUGAUUCUGCAACUAAGGCGACCAACCAAGUUGAAAUCCCACCUCCAGGAGAAGAGAUAGAUGGGGCCACAGAGGUCCCUGGUAUGGAAAAGGAAGCCUCACCCCAAGGAAAUUCUUCAAAGACAUUUUUAGAAAAGGGGACAGUUCAAACCACUCCACCUAUCCCAAGCUCCGUAGAAGUUCUUUCCCCUUCCUUUUCGGAUGAUGGGCCAGAAACUACAGAACUUGUAUCAGAUGCCAAUGCCGCUGUAACUGAUUCUUCAUUUGUCCCCGCAUCUGCCAAUGAAGAUGGUUUGGGUGAGAAGACCUUGGAUGCCACCACCGGAGAAACAAAUAGAGACAGUGAACUAAACCCAACGCUUGCUUCAUGGAAAGGUACUCCAGGUAGGGAAGGUGAAACACCACAACCUUUCCCAGAUGCUAACAGCGAGGCAGUGGCUCCAUUGUCCACCCCACCUGCUCCUUUCACAGAAGAACUACCCAUGGAAGAACCAGGAGCAACUCCUGCCAACGAUGGACACUUGGUUCCACCAACCUCAGGGGAUGGCACUGCAGAAGAAGAACCAUCUCCCUCAUUGCCACCUCUGGAUUUGCUACCACCAAGGAACAUACCUGUUGGGUCCUCAGAGUUGAGUGAGCCUGCCACUGUUUCCAUUCAACCAUCUCCCAGCAGUGAGGACAACCCAGGUGCAGAAUCAACCAUUGCAGAUGGAAGGGGUGACUCAGAUGCCUCCGUUUCAGUCCCAGUUCCUGGCAAUGAGGCAGAGCCAACCAUCAUUCCAUCCUGGGAAGAACCAGAGAUGGGCCCAGAAAGCCCAACUGACGUCACCCCUGAAGAAUCAGAAGACCCCAAGGGUCCAGAAACAUCUAAUUCCCCUCCGGCAGGUAGUCCAGCAGACCUUCUUCCCAGUGUAGCCUAUCCGAAUGACCUUCCUUCAAGACCUUCAGAUCUGGAUUCUGAUGCAACACCAGCUCCUCCAUUUGGGCUUUCCAUGCCUCCAGGUUAUUCUUCUCUGUUGCCAGAAGAUGAUGAGAUGCAGACAGUCUCUGUAACUAAAGAAGAAGCAGAGGAAGGCUCCGGAACACCAAGCAACAAUGAAAUACCUUUCACCUUGGCAUCUCCUCAGCAAGAAGAGAGAACUGAGAUACCAGAGGGAGGUAUUUCAGCAACAGAAGUGCCGAAGGGAGAUGUUUCUGUAGGACUUGGAACAACCUCACCAUUGAAGCCUGGGGAGGAAACAACCAAUUCAAAACUGGCAGAAAAUGAGCAACCUACCAUAUCUGAUGGUGCUGCUGUCCAGAGUGAAAUUACUCCUUCAGAGAUGACACCAGGUAGUUCUGCCGAGGUGGCAGGAGAGGAACUAGAAGGUUUGAAGGACAUGGAAACAACUUCUCCUUCUGCUCCAGAGUAUGAAGCAGCAGCCAAUGAUCAAGAAGCUUCUGGAGAAACAGCCUUCACCCCAUCACAGACUGGUGCUUCUUCUGAAGGGCAAGGAGAAGAAAACUCUGGAAAUGCAGGUCCUCUUUCUGAAGAGAGUACAGCAGUUCCAGAACCAGGUGCUACUUCUGGAUCAGCCUCAAAUGAGGAAGGAGAGAGCAGGACAGAUUCCCCACCAUCUGAUGCUGAGCUGGAUUCAACAGAAGGAACACCGCUGCCUGUCGGAGGUUCAGGGUCCUUGGAGGAUGGAGAAUCUUCAAGUCCAUCACCUGUAGAGAAUGCAGUGGCUUCAGAAUCUGCUUCAACAGAAGCUCCAUCAAGUAACUCAUUUGGGUCUCCAGAUGCUUCCCAACCAGAGGAUAACAUGCAAGCAGACUUGGAAGCUACUGAUGGGUCUCAGGAACCAGAUGGCUCUGUUGAGGAGGAAGUACCUUCUGCCCCAUCCACUGCAGACACUGGAUCAGCUACUGAUGGAGCAACAUUUUCUGGAACCAGUGGAGAAACUGUACCCUCUGGAGAUGUGACGGUAGGAGCUCCUUCCGAGUCAGAAGCUAAUAAGGGGACUUUUUCAGAGAGCAACAAUCUGGAUAAAAUCAAUACUCCGUCCUCAGAGCUAGCACCAACUUCAGAAAAUGGAAUGGCAACAAGUGCACAACGUUCUUCAGAAAUAACAGAUGAUGGUUCUGGAGACUUUUCUCCCUUUAUUGCAGGCAGUGAGACCUCAACAAAAGUUGAAGGACUAUCAGGGGGAACAUCUCCUACACUUCUUGAUGGUACAUCUUCUGAGUCUUUCACUUCAGAGGCUGAAGAAGGAGAAGGCUCCCCAAGCCCACCUUCUGCUCCAACUUCUUCGGAAAAGGAUGGAGAGACAUCUGCAACAAGUGCGGCCUCAGGAGAAGGCUCUCCUUCUGGUUCAGGCAAAACGUCAAAUUCGUUGCUUGUUUCAAAACUAUCAGGAGUUCAAUCAGGCGAUUCCUACCAGCCAUCUCCAGAUAAUGCAUUACAAUCAGGGUCUGUAGCUUCUGGGAAGGAAACAUCUCUGGAUCCAUCAGCCACAGAGUCACAAACUGUCUUGCCCUCCACGGAAGGGCUGGGAAGUGCUGGCUCCAGCUUGGAAGAUGGUGAGCAACCUCAACAAUCUCCAGAUGAUACAGCUUCACAAGGGGUGAGCCAAGAAUUGGAAAAUAGUUCUAGUGUGGAUGAGAAGGUAGCAACUUUGGAUCCAUCAUCUGCAGAACCACAAAACGUGUUGCUCUCCACUGAAAGGCUGGGAAGUGCUGGCUCCAGCUUGGAAGAUGGUGAGGAACCUCUACUGUCUCCAGAUGAUACAGCUCCUGAGGGGGCAGAACAAUCAGAAGAUUCUUCCAAUGUGAAGGAAGAGGAAACAUCUAUGGCUCCAUUGGACACAGCAUCACAAUCAGCUUCUGAUGGAGUAGAAAUGAAUGCUUCACCACCAGGAGAGAAUGAGGAGUCUCAGUUGUCCCCAGAUGACACACUGAAAAUGGGAUCUGAGUCAGCUUCUGAGGCAGGAAAAGAACCCAAAGACAUUUCUGUUACGAGUGGGAUGAAACCAUCUUCUACUGAAGGAGUGGACACUUCCUUCUCAGGGAUACCAGUGGAAUCCCAACCAUCCCCAGACGGUGCUACCAAUAGUGACACAGGUCCUGGAGCUUUUGAUGAGGUGGAACAAUGGGAAGGCUCUUCGCCUGUAAAUGAAGAGGAAACACCUUCAGAAUUAUCCUCCACAGAGUUACCCGGAACAUCUGGAGCUGGAGACACAUCUGGAGGAACUGGGAAAGGGAAGCCCUUCCUGUCUGCUGAAGAGGCAGAAGUGCCCCCCUCUGUGUCUGCAGCUGCCGAAGGAUCUCAGGAAUCUCUCAAUGGUGCAACAGAAGGUCCUGGAGAUUCUAGUGAAGUAAAAAUAUCAGAUGGCUCCUCCAGUCUGAGUGGGAUGGGAGCAUCUUUGGCCCCAUUAGCUGCAGAAUCAUCCUCUCCAUCUGAAGAAGGGGUGGUCUCUGCCAGUGCAGAGUCAGGAAAUGAUGGAGGAUCUCAACCAUCUCCAGAUGGUGCAGAGCCAGAACAACCAAGCAGCUUUUCCAGCACAACUGAGAAGGAAUCAUCCUUGACUCCACUAGGCACAGAGGCACAACCAGGCCCUUCUUCUCCUGAUGGCGUACAAAAUGAUGCCUUAUCAACAUCUGGUUCACCAACAUCAACUAGUGAAGAAACUCAGCUGCCUCCAGGAUAUGCAGAUAGAGCAGGCGCUGAAGCAGGAGAAGAGUCAGGAGAUGUUUCUGCCACAAGGUCACCACUAACCUCUCUUUCCAAAGAAGGAGUUGGAGAUUCUGUUUUGGGGUUGGGAAGUUCUGUAGGAUCUCAAUCAUCUCCAGAUGCUGCUGAAGCAACAGCAACAGAGCCAGGAGCUUCUGCGGAAGCCGAGCAAUGGGGAAGCUCUUCUGCUGCAAGGGAAGAGGACAUAAUAUCUUCAGGUUCAUCAGCCACAAAGUCACCUGGGACAUCUCCAGAUGAAGGGCUGACCAAUGAUGUGGAAUCACAGGCAUCUGGUGCACAAACAACUGGAAUUUCAGCUUCUGGGGAGGAAGAAGGAUCUCCAUCAGAUACAGGAUCACAGUCACUUGGGACAUCUACUGGUGAAGAGGUCUCUGGAGGACUUGGUGAGGAAAAAUCUUAUCCUGCUGCUGGCUUGGAUUCAGUGGGUACCAAAUCCACUUCUUCUUCGGAGACAGGCCAGAAUCCAGAAAGUACAGUAAAUCUGGGAGGGAAUUCUGGGCCAAUGGAUGACGGAGAACCUCUCAGUCAGUCCUCCCCAGUUGAUGAUGGGUCAGUGACGGAAGUGGUCUCCAAACCUCCAGGAGAGAACUUGCUUUCUGGUUCCACAUCUCCUGAUGGGGCUGUGGCCAUCCAAGGAACACCCGGCCAGACCCCUGACAUUAGAGAUCCAUCCCUGAUGCCCUCACAGACUGGAGAUGUUGGUGACAACAUGGCAAGUCCAGGAGUUGCAGAAAAUGAUCUAUUGACGCUACCUGGGCAACCUGCUCCUUCUUAUACCGACACUGGAUUAAGUUCUUCUCCAAUGACAGAAGUAGAUAUGGAGAACCUUGCAGGAGGCAUGGGAAGUGGCACAGGGGUAUCCAAUAGCAUCGGGGCUUCUCUUCAAUCAUCUGGAUCUGGAGGCACAGAUCAACAAUCAGGAAUGGCAUCCUCUUCUUCUAGUGAUACCCAGCCACUUGGAUCCUACGAUUCUGAAAACACUGGAAAUGUGGCUGGAGAACCAUCUUCUCAGGAUCAAGCAGGAGAUGCUGUAUUGAUUCGCAAAGAACCAGGCAAAGUGGACUCUGUCCCCACAGAUUUGGGCAUCCAAGGUACUGGAUCUUCACUUAAUGGACUUUCAAGCUCUUCUGAUGAAGCAUCUGUGGGGAACACCAAAGAUUUAUCUCCCACAACUUCUGAAGGAAGAGGUGAUGUUUCAGCAGCUGAGAAGGGAACAUCCACAGCAUCCAAUGAAGCUCAACCUUCCCUCUCUGACACAACGUUGUGUCCACCAACACCACAAUUGCCUCCUGCGGAAUCAGGACCUGAGGUCAAUGCUGGGAUGUCUUCUCCGUCUUCAAAGGUUGGCGUCCCAGAAGGUCCUGGAGACACACUUUCUGGAAAGUCACCUACCUCGGUCCUUGCAUCUUCCAACAGCAUCUCAGAGGCCACAAAGUCAGGAUCUAUGAGUGGCUCCAGCACCUCGUUGUUGCCUGAUUCUUCUGCAACUGCGGUGGUCAGCAAAGGUAAACCUGGUGGAACCAAAGCAUCUUCUACAAGUAAAUCUGGUGCUUCAAUUGUAGCAUCAGGAGUUGGUCCCAGCUCUGGGAAAUCCACAAAAACUACCAGCAUGACGUCCAAGAAGAAGGAAGAGGGCAAGCUCCCUGAAAAGGGAGGAGAGAGCAAAACGUCAGGAAAGAAAGAAGACAGCAAAAAAGUAGAUAAAGAGGACAACAAAAAGGCAAAUAAAGACACAACAAAGGUGGAUAAAGAAGACAGCAAAAAGGCAGAUAAAGGCAGCAAAACGUCAGAUGAAGAAGAUACCAAAAAGUCAGAUAAAGAUGACAUCAAGAAGUUAGAUAAAGAGAGCAAAAAGUCAGACAAAAAAGAUGCCAAAAAGUCAGACAAAGAAGACAGCAAAAAGCCAGACGAGAAAGAAGAUGGCAAGAAACCAGGCAACAAACCCGACUCAAGUCCCCCAAAUUCCAAGAUAACAAUGACUGCCAGUGACAAGUCGGCCACAAUGAACCCUGCCCCUGCAGCUUCACUUUCAGCAUCCCUGUUCCCAUACGGACCAAUGGCCAAGGAUAAAGAAUACGUGGAAAGGAAGCUGAAUUUUAACUCUCUGCUGUUCAAGCCUGAGAUCGGAAUCCCACUGGGACAAACACUGCGCGACUCCCUCUAUUUUACAGACAAUGGGCAAAUCAUUUUCCCAGUCUCUGAGUCAGACAUUUCCAGCUCUCCUAACCCACCGCUUGGAGGAUUUAAUGGUCGGGAGGCCAAACCAAUGGUGGCCGUGUUUUGGGACAAUGCGGACUUCUCCAAAGGAAGUGGCACCAUCUUCUACCAGGAAUACGUGACACAGAAUUCUGCCAAACAUCCUCUGGUCCGGGGUGUGGAAGCCAUGGUCCAGCAGUAUCUGUCGGCAUCCUAUUCGGCCCGAUGGACGCUCAAGAUCACUUGGGUGAAGGCACAGCACUACCCGGCACAGAAGCUAAGCAGCAGAACCAACACGUACCAGGCCAUUCUGACCACCGAUGGAUACAGGACGUACACUCUUUUCCUAUACCAGGCUGGAGGGAUGCAAUGGGACUACACCAAACUCUCUUCCAAAAACGUGCUGGUGGGAUAUACCAGUGGGGAUGGAUUCUUCAGAAAUGACGACCUGAUGUCUCAAACGCCUGCUGUUAAAUAUCGACCGGAUCGCGUCCCAGGAUACAACACAGGAGUGCGCGGCCUGUGGCUCUACAAGCUGGACAGCCGCAUCCGGGUGAACUACCGGCAGCGUUGCCUGGACUGGCUGAGCAACGAGAAGCAACCGGUGGCCUGGAACAAAGACCUUCCCCCGUGCCCUUGCUCCCUGAGCCAGGGGCUGUCGGAUGGACACUUCACCCCCAGCAAGAAAGGUUUUCUGGACUCCCGCUUCACCAUGCUAUAUUCCUCUGCCCCAAACAAGUAUGGCUCCGGGGUCCGGUGUCUCUACAACAACGAUGGUGGCCAGCUGGUGAAUGGACAUCAGGAGAGAAUCUGGAAGGUGUCGAGAAAAAGCUCCCCCUUCAAUGAUGAAGAGCUGAAGCUCUACGACUGGUGUUGUAACCAAACUGGGAAACCGUUGUUCUGCGAUAAGUACCAUCAGAAGAGACCCAAGAUUGGCUGUGAUGGGUACAGGCCUCCAGUCCAAGCAACAUCGUCCGAAGAGGAGCCGGACAGCAAUGAAAGAGAGUGAGAGUCUCCUCUUUUUCCAGACUUCAUUUUGCAACAACAAUUUUCAGACUGGAUGAAUCUCCGAUUGGAUUUCACAGACUCCCAAGAAAUCUUAUUUUUUUUUGCUCCUCUGUUUUAUGUAGGGGCUGAUUUGGAAGGUUGUAUGGCCUUUAAGAUUGGAACAAAUAAGUUGCUGAAUUAAAACAUCUCCACCCCUUC